AUGAGCCAGCGUCCGAAGAAGGAUCGAUCGCAGCCACCGCAGGCGCCCGGGCCGCCGCCACCGCUGCCGAUGCCUUCGGUAUCGGUGGAGGAGCUGCACGCAUCCGCGGAACUGAAAGUCGGCGAAACAUUCAUUGUGCUGCGUCGUGCGCCCAGCAAACAUGGAAUCACCGAUGAGCGAUGCCUGGCCACCGUCGUGGAGAUCCGUGAUGGCGUGCAGGCGAGAGCGUCCCCUGCUGCUGCUGCUGCUGCUGCUGCUCUAGCACCUUCAACUGCCCAGGAACACACAAUAACGGCAUUUGGGGCGCUCUUCAUGGCUUGCCAGGAAACUUGGCUGCUGUUAAAAUGGACAAUUCCAGGAUGA